AUGACACAACCGCAGAAGACCAUUGCCGUGGUCAACGCGACAGGCCGGCAAGCGGCGUCGCUAAUCCGCGUCGCGUCCGCCGUGGGGUAUUCCGUUCGCGCGCAAAUCCACUCGUUGAAAGGCACAAUCGCACCGGAGCUGGCCGAACUCCCAAAUGUGACACUCCUGCAAGGACCGUUACUCGGCAAUGUCGCCUUAAUGGACGAGCUCUUCAAGGGCGCCCAACUCGCCUUCAUCAACACCACCUCCCAGUCCGGCGAUGAGGUCGCGAUCGGCCGGGCCCUCGCUGACGCUGCCAAACGAGCCGGCUCGAUCCAGCAUUACAUCUAUAGCAGUAUGCCGGAUCAUUCAGUUCAUGGGCCUUGGCCGGCUGUCCCGCAGUGGGCGCCCAAGUUCACAGUGGAAAACUAUAUUCGCCAGCUAGGCAUGCCGGCAACUUUUGUCUACGCCGGUAUCUACAACAAUAACUUUACUAGCUUGCCCUAUCCGCUGUUCCAGAUGGAGUUGCUGGCUGAUGGGAGCUUUGAAUGGCGUGCGCCGUUUGAUCCGGAGAUUCCACUGCCCUGGCUAGACGCGGAACAUGAUGUGGGACCGACUCUGCUACAGAUUUUCAAGGAUGGAACGAAGAAGUGGAAUGGUCACCGCAUCGCCCUCACCUUCGAAACCCUCUCCCCUCUCCAAGUCUGUGCGGCCUUUUCGCGCGCCCUUGACCGGCCAUGCAAUUACAUCCGCGUCCCCAAAAUCGAAGUCAAGGUCAAUAUCCCACCAGGGUACCGGGAACAACUAGAAGCUCUCGAGAUCCUGUUCGGCGAUUGCGACGCACCCUACUUCCCUCAACCAGAGUUCUCACAACCAGCCGCUGGCUCACCAAAGGGUCUCGGACCGGCUGGUGGAAAGGGUGCUGGUGCGGGUAUGAUGCAGGGGCCUGGUGGGGUUAUCUCGCUGCGGGUGACGGACGAAUCUCGACAUCUGUGGCAGGGCUGGCGCGACAUGGAAGAGUAUGCGCGGGAAGUGUUCCCCGUGGAAGAGGAGGCAAAUGGGUUAGAUUGGAUGCUUUAG